AUGAAAGGCUUCAAUCUCUUCGCUUCAGCUUUGGCCAUCUGGGGCCGCAAUGGGUCGCCCAUUCCAGAAGCUAGCGCUGAACUCGAGAAAGGCAAUUCAGUCGAGACAUACGCUCUUCGUAGUGGUUGGGGCUACAUCAAGAGGCGAGAUGAGGGUCAUGCCCAAGGCGAGCCUCUGAAUCAGGUAGACACUUAUGCCCUUCGCAGCGGUUGGGGCUAUAUCAAGAAGCGAGAUGGAGGACAUGCGCAGGGUGAGCCGCAGAUUGAUGUGGACACCUAUGCUCUUCGGGGGCUACAUCAAGAAUCGAGAGUAAAUAUUGUUAGUGCGCAUGAGGAUGAUGGGCGUCGCUUCUCUUCUAAACAUGGCAACAGGCAUGCCUGCGCCUCCAACAAGACCAUCCAGAAAGUCGCAGCUCAGACUUCCCUAUUCCAUGUCAUCAGCUGCAUCAACCUUUUCAUGGACUUUUGUCUUAUCUACAACAUGAUUCUCAUUCUUAUAACCGGUACCUAUAUGUCCCUAUCUCUCGGUGUGUCUCUGUCGCAGACGCUGGAGUACGGGAACUCUCCAGAUGAGGCGAGGGACAAAGGAUGUCGUUUUGGCAUUAUGAGCUUUUCCUGGCUAUCACCAUUAUGCUUCGAUCAAGAACUCACACGAGAGUUUGAGGCUUUUCAAUCGUGGAAAUGGUACAACGACCCAGCUGGAUUACACCAGGUCCACAAAGACGAGGUGAUAAAGGGUGAGCACCCGAGUCUAUUUGUCUCUAACGAGUACCACCAUACGCAUUGUGUCUUUAUGCGGAAGAAACUCCAUCGGGCUGUGGCUUUAGGUCAGCGGAUCGAUGGCUAUAUAGGCAAUCACAAUGACACAGCACACUGCGGAGUCAUGUUGAUGCAGCAUGCCAAUAACCCUGGGAGUCUUGACACUAAGAUAUGGCGAAAGUUUCCUACCUGCAGCCGACAUAACAUUAAGAUUUAG